AUGCCCUCGUGUCAGUCCACCUGUCAAAGUACCUGCCAGUCGCCUGUACAGUGCCAGCAGAGCUGCUCGAACUCUUGCCAAGCCGCCUGUCAACCCAUACAACAGGCGGCCUGCAGUACACAGUGCCUCUCAUCCUGCCAACCACAGAACCAUCCGGCCUGUGAGCAGUCAUGUCAAAACAGCUGCAUUUCCGAUGACCAGUACGCUCAGAAGCUGAUCCAGCAGCUGACUUACAAUACGCCUGGCAUGUUGCCAGAACCUACCCGUGCUCCGGUUCAACAAGAGAGCCGUUGCGGUCAGUGCCAAUCGACCUGCUCACAGAGUUGCCCUCAGCAGUCGGCUCCAGUCCAGUGUCAACAGCAAUGCGCAAAUGUAUGCGAGCCGGUCUGUAGUCCUCCUGAGAAGAAGGUAGCGGAACUCAAGGUGGUUAUCAGUUUGCCGCCAACGACACUUCAAUCGCCGAACUGUCAGUCAAGUUGUGAAACGUCGUGCAGCAAUCAGUGCAUGCAGCAGAACCAGCCAGCAUCACAAUGUCAACCUGCCUGCCAACAAUCGUGCGCGCAGUCCUGCCAGCCGGCUGUUAUCAGCUGCCAGCCGCAACUUAAUACCAGUCAGUGUUCCUGCCCACAGAACUAUAAUCCGUGCGGCAAUUCGCAGUGCUGCAGAAAGUAA